AAGUAAUGGCAGGCAAGACUUUGGAGCUGAGCUGUCUUGGUAUUUUUAUCCAGUGUGUGGGGUGUUACACAUGCAUCACAGCUAUAAUCGAGCUCUGACAUGGAACAUCUGAAAAACAAGACUGAGCCGUCUUAAGGGCUGCUAUGCCUGUUGCUUAGGCAGAGUCUGUGUUACCUGGCAUUCACAGCUCAAGUCAGAAUCCAGGAAAUGGAAGAUAAAGUGACCAGUCCAGAGAAGGCUGAAGAAGCAAAACUAAAAGCAAGGUAUCCUCACCUGGGACAGAAGCCUGGAGGUUCCGAUUUUUUAAGGAAACGCUUGCAGAAAGGGCAAAAAUAUUUUGAUUCUGGGGAUUACAACAUGGCCAAGGCGAAGAUGAAGAACAAGCAGCUGCCUACUGCGGCCCCAGAGAAGACCGAGGUCACUGGUGACCACAUUCCCACGCCACAGGACCUUCCUCAGCGGAAGCCAUCCCUUGUUACAAGCAAGCUGGCUGGCUGAUUAAAAGAGCCGAACUGCAUGAAUCUUCUCAUUCCCUUCCUUCCUCCUUAAGCUGUUCCUUACCCACUUUUUGCUUCCUUUUUUCAUUCACAGUGUCAUUCAAGACUGACAGCUUUGCAAGUAGCCGUAGUAAGUGCUGCCAGUGUAAGGGCAUAGACAUGUGUAGAGGUUCCGACUAGUUCACCAGUGCCCUGAUGAGAAGGACAUGUUGAGCAACACAUGUCAUCUACUUGAAAACAACUGUAUAUAUCACCUCACCCCAGUGUAGGGCUGGUUCCAGCAAGUAGCAAGCAAGUUCUACAAGUUUGUUUUGGCUUUCCUUCCUUCAUCUUAGUGAUAGCUUUGUAUGUUACUCCUGUUUAACAUAAUCUCCCUUGUAUGAUUUCUUCUUUAUUUUCCUUUUGGAUUUUAUAAAACGGAAGUUUUAAGACCACAAAUUAGAAGAAGGGUCACAUAAUCAAACACGGAGAGACGGGAACUCCAAAAGAUUUGCGUGAACUUGAAUGGCCUUAAACCUGUUUCAGCUUUAACAGUAGCAUUUUACUUGGGCAAUAUUUGCCCUUCUGGUGUAACUUCUGUAACUCAGUGCUUACCAGCUGCCCCUGAAGGCCGCGUUCCUACUCAGUUCUUUGGCGUUAGUACACUCUCCUUGCAAGAUGUGGAUGAAGUAUGCAGGUACAUCAACUAUUGGAUUCACUUUUGUGCCAUUUUUGUAAAUACAGUAGUUUUGCACAACGUUUCAUAAAUAUCUGCAUUAAUUUCACAUAUUAGAGAGUACAUAAUGUGUCAACCCUAAGCACAAAAGUUCCUACACAAAACUCUAUCACUGCAGCUUUUGUGUAAUGAGAGCAGUUUGCAGUCUUGGGCCGUAGAAUGAAGCUUUUUGUUCCUCACAUCCGUGACACUCGGUGGCCUUGUGCACAUACGAUAUGUGGCUUAGGCAUAUCUUUGUCCUGUGCAGAACAUUUCCUUUUGACUCUUGUGGAAGCUGCAGUUCAUGUGAUUUCUAUGAACCUUUAAAUGUAGACACGUUUUGCUUCCACACUAUCCUUGGGCACAUAGAAUAAAAGGCUUCCAUACUCUGCCUUCCACCCCUGCCCUCCCUGCACUGCCUUUUUCCUCUUCCUCUGCUCCUUUGACUCCCGGUCUUGGGCUGCUUGGUGGCUAUGAAAGCCCCAGGCUCUGAACCCUUACUCUACAUUUGCUGUGCUAAACGCUGUGUUUUGUGACACAGUAACGGUGUUUUCCUUCUAAUUUCUCAGUUGUUAAUUGAUCACUCAAUCCUGUAUUAUUACUAAUACUUGACAAUUGUUUAAAUAAAAGGAACUUUAUAAUGAAACAUAGCUGAGAAGAUUGGCCCAGGAGUCUUUGUCAGGAUGAACUGUAAAUGAUUUUAAGGACUUUGAUGAGCUAAGAGAACUGUGACAAUUAGGGUGACUCACAUGACAGGGAAAACUGCCAUUAAAGUAUUUGGAUGUUAGUGUCUGCGGGUGCCACUUUAAUGAAUGCCAUUUUGAUUUUGCUUUUGGUUGAUCUAAUUAGUGAGAGCCGUAAGUCAUUGCUGGGACACACCAAGAGCUCCUCUUUGGAGCUGCAAGCCUGUGGCACAUGGGGUUCGUUAGCCAGCGAUGGUACCAUUUGCUCUUCAUCUCUCCCCUCCCCUCCCGGAUCCAGGCAUCCUGGCUGGGUCUUGGCACCCUUUGUGUACCCGCUUUCCUGUGCUCUCAGAUCACACUGGCUGGCACCUGGGACCCAGCGCCUGCGCUUGCAGGCUGGGAUCCCUGCCCACCCCUGGAGCAGAAAAGCAGUGAAGUCAAUACUGUGCUCCUUUCUGAUUCUAAGGGUCCAUGAUAGAUAAACACAUGUAUCUGUAAUGAGAACAAGUAGGUUAUUCCCCAAUGUGUAUACCUAUACAAUUGAUUUAAGAAUUUUAAAAUAUCCCAAAGUCACAUUUAUUGUAUCUAGUCUUUGGUUUUUACAUGAACAUUUGCAAGCUGUCACCAUUAAAUCCAAACCUCAGACAAGAUGGCCAAAGAAACCGUGUUAUUCUUGGCCAUGAGAGGACUCCUGGGGUUCAUGGCAUCUGCUGGGGUUUUGCUUUGUAGAAUACAAUGCUAACAUUUAACCUACCUCAAAACUUGUUGAGGAUCUGUGAGAUACUGAGUAAGUGCCCAAGAGUAAAGUAUUGACUGUCUUUUUAUUAAAGAUAAAUUUCCUCAUUAAACCAAUCUGCCUUCAGUAGUCAUGUGCUUAAAAUCUCAGGAUUUUCCAUUGAGAAACCCCUGUCAGUAAGGAUUUGUAGGUGUGAUCUCUUAGCCUCCAUUACUGGUGCUUGGGAUAGAGAAGUUUAAGAUUUUUCUAUUUUUUGUUCUGCCUCAAAGCUUAGUUUAUUGAAGACAUUUUUGCAAGCUCUUUGAUCAAUGCUUGAAUGAAGAUUUUGAUGAGAUAAACUUAAUUGUCCAUUUCUGUUUCUUCGAAGUUGUGGUUUGAGAAAUGGCUAAUUUAAAUCAUCGUCCUGUUUACCAUAAGUUAAGGUUAGGCUAAAACUGAAGUUGGAGAUGAAUAUUUCAUGAAAAGUGGCUAUCAAAGUCUGAAAGAAAUUAGCGGUCUCAUGUGCAGUGGCUCCAGCUUUGAACAGUACAGUUUUGAGAAGCAUUUCAUUCUUGACAACUGCAUCUAGCUAAAACAACUGCAGUGCUUGGCAAGUUAGAAUAGGACUGUUCGAUGAAUUUGAUGGAGCAUGUUUGUGGUUUACAAGUUGUUCAAUAAUCUUGUGCUGUUGACCUAAAAAAUGUGUGUUAACCAUUGAUCAACACAGGCCCUCGAAGGCCUCUGCUUGUUACUACGUCUACUGUUAAAAUUAGUUAUUUUUACUUGAUGUAACAAAAGUAUACCUCUAAAUAUUUACUGAUGCUUUCUACUAAAUCAGACGUGUACUCUUACUUGAUCCGAAUACAGUGGUGUUUUAUCCAAGCUAAUGUGCUCUCUCUUCACACUGGAUUCCAAACUCGGUGUUUGGUGAUGAGCAGGUCAUCUGUGGCAGGAACAUGUUGGGUGGUUACCAAAGCACGUCCCCGGCAUUCAGACAUUUCCUCCACUUUUCAUAUCCCUUCUGCUCUGUCGUUUUCCUCACUCCCCUCAUCUGGCCUGCGUUUGAAGCCCACCAUCAGCACUUACUACAUGGUGUUUGGGGCUGAUGAGUCACCCAUCCUCAACACCCUUUCCAAUGAGUCACGAUUUAGGAUGUAAGUCCUCCAAAGCAUCAUCCUGCUCUGAGUAACGACCAACGUGAGUCAUUGUCCUGACUUAACUCAGCAUGCACUGCCGGUCCUCCCUGUGUCUUGUCCCUGGUCCCCACACCUCCUAAAGUUGGAUCAGAGGAUUUGUGAGUGUUACUCUAUGGAUAAAAACACCCAUUUGAACACUGUUUUACUAGUUUUAGCCUUUGAAGUAGGUAGGCCUGUAGGUUUUACUCUACAGAUUACUUGUGGUCCUAGUAGCCAUGAAUGUAUGUUUGUAUUAUUUAUGGAUUACAUAAAUAAUCCAGAGGAACAUCCUAAACCUUUAGUGUUACACCCUCCAAACUGUGACUGCAUCUCUAGCAUUCAUUACGCAGUAGGAUACUUUGCCUGUAUGCAAAGGGCCAAGAGUAGAUGCCUUUUCUGUUAAAUGUGUGUGGAGUUGGCAGUUGAUGCUAAAAAUUGUUAUACAGCCCUUCCAAAAUAUAUACUUGUGAAAUAUCCAAAAAUAAAUUGAUCUACCUAAUUUCUAUUGA